AUGCUACUAUUCUACAUCCUUCUUCUUCUUAUUGGAUUCAGCGAAUCUCGUGAACAUGAAAUAUCUAUUAAUGAAGAAACUCCAAUAAAUACAAUUAUAUUUGAUUUAAAUAGUUUAUCAUCAUCAUUAAUAACUUAUCAAUUAUUAGAAAGUUCAUCAUUAUUAUAUUUUAAUUCAACAACAAAUUUAAUAUCAAUAUCAAAGCGUAUUGAUCGUGAUACAUUAUGUCCAAAUGAUGAACUAUGUUCCAAAUGUUAUUUAACUAUUAAACUCUAUGAUAUGUUCUAUUAUGAUAUAUUAUUAUUAAAAUUUCAAAUCAAUGAUAUUAAUGAUAAUCAACCUAUAUUUAGUUCUAAUACAUAUUCAAUAUCAUUAACAGAAAAUAAUAUGCCAGGAAUGAAAAUACGUUUAUCCAAAGCUGAAGAUAUUGAUUGUUUAAUAAAUGGUGUACAAUUAUAUGAGCUAACAUAUGUUUAUAAUAAUCGUGUUAUUAUAUCAUCAAUAAAUUUAUUUCAUCCACAAAAACAAAAUCAAACAAAUCAACCAUUUUAUUUAAUGUAUGAUAUGAAUUCAGAUUUAUAUCUUAUUAUAAAUAUGUCACUUGAUCGUGAAUUACAAAGUGAAUAUAUAUUUACAAUAACAGCAAAUGAUUAUAAAUAUACAACAUCAACAAAAUUAACCUUGACAGUUCUUGAUGUUAAUGAUCAUAAUCCAAAAUUUUCACAAACAAUUUAUACAGUCAAUAUAUCCUAUUCAACACCUAUUGGAACAAUUCUAACAAAAUUAACUGCCUAUGAUGCUGAUUCAGAGGAAAAUGCACAUAUAUAUUAUUCAUUAUUAAGUAUUGAUGGUUAUAAACUUGAAACAAAUGAAAAAAAUGAUUUAUUUCAAUUAAAUUCCUAUACAGGUGAAUUAAGUCUUAUAUCAAAAUUAAAUCAUCUUGAUACAAAAAAUAUCUUUAAAUUAGUUAUUGGUGCAUCCGAUGGGACGCAUAAUGCUAUACCAGCAUUAACUACUGUUUAUAUUAAUAUUCAAAAUGAUCUUUUAAAUGAUAAUCAAUCAUUAAUACAACUAACAUUUGGUUCAAAUAAUGUCUCGAAAAAUUUCUCGGAAGUAUAUAUAUCAGAAAAUUUACCAAAUGCAACAUUUAUUGCAUAUAUUAAAUCGAAUUCUAAUCUACUACUUGUUACACAUGAAGGUUUUUUUCUACAAAAAUUAACUGAAAAUUCAUUUACAUUAUUAACUGAUAGAAUAUAUGAUAGAGAAAAAUGUUCAUCGUAUAAUGUUCAUUUACGUAAUGAAAAUAUUGAACGAAAAUUUCAAAUUAUUGUAACUGAUAUAAAUGAUUGUAAACCAAUAUGGAAUUCUUCUAUAUUAAAUAUUGAUUUAGAUUUAUAUAUACAAUUAAAUGAACCAAUUGUAUUAACAUUAAAUGCAACUGAUUAUGAUGAAAAUUCACAUGUUGGUUAUCGAAAAAAAAGUACAUCAUGGCCACAAUGGAUAACAUUAAUAUCAAAUCAAUUAAUAUUAAAUUGUACAUCAGAAUUUAAUGAAACACAUAAUGAUUGUCUAUUUUAUUUAUCAAAUGGAGAAAUUUGGUUAGAUAUCGAAGCAUAUGAUAUGGAUAUGGAAAAUUUUUCAUCAAUUGUUAAAAUACGUCUUUAUAGAAGUUCAAUUUUAGGUAAUGAUCUAGCAUAUUUACAAAUCAAACGUUUAAAUCAACAAGAUUUUUUUCAAUGGUUUAAACAUGAAUAUAUUAUAAUGAGUAUAGCAAGUUUAAUGGGUUUAUUAUUUGUUAUUGCAACAAUACUUAGUUGUAUUUAUUGUCGAAGAGAAUCAAAGAAAAAGUCAUCAUCUUUAAUGACAACAGUUACAGAUGAUAAUAGUACGAAACAAAAGAUUAUUCAGACAUCAUCAUCAGAACAAACAUCAUCAGCUGGAUCACUGUAUGGCUCAGAAAAAUCUGAUAAUAUAACAGUAGAAACAUCAGAUAUGUAUCUUUUCUCUCCAAAACGUGCGACAAUGAUACCUCACUCAACGGAUAAUUUAACUAAUAAAUUAUUUCAUUCAAUACAAACUGAUCUAUCAUUAUUAACAGAGGCUAAUCAACAAAUUAUAUCAACGCGAGGAACUUAUGUAUAA